AUGAUGAUGGGAGGUGGCAUUGUGGUCAAGGGGGUGGGAGGAGGAGGUGUUUGCGAGUUGGCGUCUGGCUUCACCAAGAUAGAGAUCAGUGUGCUACAGUAUGACUGCGUCCCUCUCAUCAGCUGGUUUAAUGUGCCCGAGCGGCAGCAAGGACGGGCCGAGUGGCCGGGAUCCUGUCGGCGCCGUUCUCCAGGAGCCCGCACCGGGACCGCACCGGGAAUACAGCGGGAAAUGUGUGAGAGCCCGGAGAUCGUCAAGCUACAGGAAGCAAAGCGGAAAGCUCGGGCGAGGAACAGAAGAAGGAGAAUAGCUUGUGUUUGCCAGGAUCUUGGAGCGUUGUUCACCAGGAAUGGUCAGUUUGAGGCUGCGAUUGAGGAAUAUGAGGAGGGUCUGCGUGUGUUGGAGGAUCGGAAUGAUGUCCUCGGGUGUGGGAUAGCCCACCGGAAGAUUGGGGAAUGUUUCCUGGAGCUGGGCAACUGGGAAUCUUCCCUGGAGCAUUAUGGAGCUUAUUUACGUCUGGCCAAGUCGAUGGGGAAUCACACCGAGCAACAGCGAGCCUGGGCACUGAUUGGCCGCAGCUACUUGUUCCGGCAUGAGAAGGACCAAUCGAGCGAAGCUCUCCAGGAAGCUGAGAAGGCCUUUAGAAAGAGCCUCAAGAUCCUUGACCACAGGCUGCAAGGGAGCAGUGUGUACAGACUGUCAGCGCUGGAGCUGAACAAGAUGAGAGUGGGACUCUACCUGAACCUGGGAAUGGUGUUGAACCUGAUGAAAGAUGUUGCUCACAGUGUGGAAUACAUCCAGAGGAGCCUGGAGAUUGCAGAAGAGAACGGGCUGUUUUGCGAUCUCCAUCGAGCACAUUACUGCCUGGGCUGUAUCCACCAGGCGGACGGGCAGUACCCAGACGCUAUCCACCGGUUCCAGUUGGCACACGAGAGCGCGGGCCGGGCCAAACUACUGUCCGAGCAGAGUGAGAGUCUGACCAGCCUGGGAGAGGUCUACCUGAUGGUUGGAGAGUUUACCAAUGCGAAGGUGUCUUUGCAGAAUGCCCUGUCCCUGGUACCACCCACACACCGAGAGCACACCACCAUCAGGAAGCACCUCAGGAGAGCCAUGAAGGGGAUAGAGUUACAGGAAUCUCUCUCUGUGCUGCCUCCUGAUCACCCUCGCGGGACAAUGAGGAUCUACGAGAAACUCGGGGAUCUCUGCUGUAAAGUGACAGGUUACCAGCAAGGCCUGGAGUAUUACCAGAAGCAGCUGGCGUGUGCAGAGACCCUGAAACUGCCUGAUGAGGAACGGGCAAUGAUUUACUUCUCCUUAGGCAGUACCUACUUUGACCUGAAGGAUUAUAAACAGGCCAUCAGUUACUAUGAAACAGAACUGAUCUUUCAGAACGACCGCCCUCGAGAGAAGUGCAAGACAUGGCUCCACCUGGCAGCGGCCAAGGGAAUGGAUGGUGCUGGGAGCACUGAGGUCAAUCGCUGCUAUCAGAAUGCACUACAACUCGCUAAGGAGAGCAACGAUUCCAGACUCCAGAGGAAGGUGCUGAGGGAACAGGCUCGGAGCGAUGGGAAAUCCUGCAGCUCCUCGGAACAGGAUGGGAAUGAUGGAACAACAAGUGACAGCAGCAGCCAGGAGACACCAGAGAGAGAGGAUCCAGAAAUCCCAGGACCGAGUGAUCCAGAACUCCAGAAAACCAAGAAAGUGAAAUGUAGUUUAUCGAAACGCAGACAGACCCGAAAACGGCUGGAAGAGCUGAGAUCCCCCCAGACCCUGAAAGGUCAGCACGGCAAGGCCACUGUGAAAACCAACCAGAAAUGGAGAUGUAACCUGAAGGGGGAGAGCCCGCUGCACAGAGCGUGUAUCACAGGGAGCUGGCAACAGGCCCACUCCCUCAUUGCGAUGGGUCACCCGCUGACGGUUCGGGACAAUGCAGGCUGGACCCCUCUGCAUGAGGCAUGUAACAAUGGGCACCUUGAGAUCGUGCGGAUGCUGUUGGAUUCUGGUGCCCCGGUGAACUCCGUGGAUGACAAGCUGUGUGGGGGUGUCACUGCCCUCCAUGAUGCAUUACGGGCGGGACACCUGGAGAUAGCUGAGCUGCUAAUUGACAGAGGGGCAAACCUGGCGGGACAAGAUAUCAGUGGUCGAUCACCAGCUGACUGCUUUGACCAAUGGAGUAGCAGCGUGAAGCAGGAGCCCAGCCCAGACAGCAGUCUGCAAUGGGAGACCAUCUCCCACAUUCUGGAGACAGACACACCUCAACACCACACUCAACUUGGCACAGCAACUCAGACAGCCAUGGGACCAGAAUUGAAACCAUUGUCUCAGUGUUGCCAGCGUUCCCACAGCGAUGUACAGCUGACUUCCUGCUCGCUGUCCCCUGAUAGCACGAUGACUUCCUGUCUGCAGAAGCAAGAUGGCGGUCACAGCAUUGGGGCACAGUUACCUCAGCUGUCCCCCACACCAACAACUCAGCGCAGUCGCAAGUCCUUGCAGUCCAGGAAGAUCCAAUCCUCUGUUGGACAAAAAGCAACAACAGCUAGCCCCUUCUCAUUGACAUCCAAUUCAUUUUCAUCUGACGAAAGUGAUGACUUCAUGGCCUCUCUCACACCGUUUAAAAAGCAACAUAUUCAUGAGGGUCAGAGUUCAGUCAGUGAUCAUACAUACUUCAACCAAUCCUUCAUGAGUACCACAACUUCAUCCAAAACCACCCAAUCUUCAGCAAACACAAAGAAAUCUUCGAUCAAAACCACCCAAUCCAGAAAGAGGUCAAGGAAACCCUUAUCCAAAAGUGUCCAAUCCAGAAAGGGGUCAAGGAAACCCUUAUCCAAAACUGUCCAAUCCAGAAAGGGGUCAAGGAAACCCUUAUCCAAAACUGUCCAAUCCAGAAAGGGGUCAAGGAAACCCUUAUCCAAAACUGUCCAAUCCAGAAAGGGGUCAGAGAAAUCUUCACCCAACCGUGGCCAAUCCUCAGUGGGUUUGGAGGACUCUACAUCCAAACACGUCCAACCUUCAGAGAGUACAACACUGAACCUGCUGAUUGACCAAUCACAUUCGCCUAUGGUCGCCAACACAGCUGCCAAUGGGGGACAGCCACCAGCUGUGGGCAGUGAUUGGCUGGACGGUAGCUGCUCAGACGAUGAUUGGCUGGAGGUUGACCGAAGCUCAAGACCGCAGGCUCUGAGCCAGCCGGCACAAACAGUGACCGUCCCGGUGGUGGGAGGGUCCCAGGGCAGCUCAUUCCCACCGGGGCAGGAUAACGCUCACCGUUACAGUGCCAACACAGCAAACACUCCCACUCCCUCAUCCCUGUCACACUCUGGGAAGAAUACAAUGGCCAGGAUCCCCAGCAGCUUCCGAAUGUCGCGUCCGUCCGCCUCACAGCCCAGCGUCCCACCCACCCCACUGCUCAACCCAUCGUUCCGUGUGAAGGUGAAAGUGGAAAAGAAAUGCUUUGUAAUUGGGAUUCCUCACAGUGAGUUGGACACAUACACCAUCUCCUGGCUGGCGGAGGAGGCCGGGAGGAAAUACAACAUCGAGUGUGGCCUGAGACCGCGACUCUCUCUCACCCUCGACGGGGCUCUGCUCUCUCCACAGGAACCAGUCGUCCACCUUCUCCGUGACGAUGAGGUGGUCCUGGCUGAGGUCGUGUCCUGGGAUCUGCCUCCCCUCUCUGAGCGAUACAGGAGGGCCUGUGACAGUCUGUCAUUGGAUGCAAACCCCUCCAUGGUGAAGAUUCUACACCUCCAGGAGCAAGGCUCCCUUGUCGACCUGUCCGGCCUGUCCCUGAGCCAGGAGCACCUGAGUCCCAUCCUGAGGGCCCUGAAACUACAGACCCCCACCCGCCAGCUGUGCCUGUCUGCCAAUCGCCUGGGUGACGAUGCCAUGGGGGAGCUGCUGGCCUGCCUGGUAACCAUGCCCAACCUGAGGGUGCUGGACCUCUCCUCCAAUCAGAUCACACACCAAGGCCUGAGCGCGCUCUGUCAGGCCAGCCGGCCAACUGAGGAGGCGGCUCUUCAGAGUCUGGAGGAAUUGAACCUCAGCCUCAAUCCUUUGGGCGAUGGCUGCUCUCAGGCUAUCGCCUCCCUCCUCAGAUCCUGCCCACUACUGAGCACCCUCAAACUCCAGGCCUGUGGCCUCACAGCCAGGUUCCUGCAGAACUUCGCUCUGACCUGCACAAUGAAAGGGACCAAACACUUGAAAACUCUGAUCCUCUCCAACAAUGACCUGGGAAUAAAAGGGGUCCACUUUCUCCUGAAGAAUCUUCCUCAUGACGUCCUUUCCCAUCUGGAGAUCUCCUCGAUAUUUUGUGACCAGGAGGCCUGGCAGUUUCUGGAGCUGGUUGCGAGGUACCUCACCCAGGAUGGCUGUGUUUUGACUCAUCUUAAUCUUUCAAGAAACUCAUUGACAGAUGAUGCCAUCAGUGACUUUGCCAGGUGUUUGGCAUCAGCUGCAUCCCUGACAUCCCUCGAUCUAUCAGAGAACCCGGGGAUCAGUUCCCGUGGGAUGGAGAGGAUCCUGACUGUUUUAGCCCAGAGAGAUUCAUGGAUGGAAGUCCUUGAUGUAAGAGACUGCUCGGUGCAACACUUUGAUAACCAGUGUGAGACUGCGAACUGGAAUCUAGGAGAGCUGCUUCUCUGAAUCCUGAAGGGACAAGAACAGCCAAAAAUUCCAAAAGGAACGUUCCCAGAAUGCAACAGCAGCAGAAUUACCUGGAACCGUUUAUUCCCAAGGAAGAAGGGGGGACAUUUCCAUUCUGCAAUCUCUUAGGAGUUCCUGGCUUUAAAUGCUGUCACAGGAACUGGAGGCCGUUCAGCCCCUCAUAGAGGAUGGGUAUGCGAUGGCAUAUCUGCACUUUAACUAGAGUCAUCUGCCAUGCCUCAAUUUGUGUAACUGAUUCAUCUGGGAUUGAUUUAUUGUGACUGAGAGAGAAUGAAUUUGCAGGGGUCAAGAGCACAACAUGUUACUGUGUAUGUAGCUCAGGCCCGAAACGUCGAAUCUCCUGUUCCUCGGAUGCUGCCUGACCUGCUGCGCUUUAACCAGCAACACAUUUUCAGCUCUAGUCUCCAGCAUCUGCAGACCUCACUUUUUACAUGUAAACAGCCCUGAAUGGGUCAAGGAUGCACAUCAGUAAUUACUGCAUUAUUCUGCUGUUAACCCUCCUCACCUCUUCCCUAUCCUUGGGGAAGGACUUCCCCGUGCACCAGGUGCUCUUCCAGUGCCUCAGUUAAAAUCUCAUGAUCCAAUCUGGAUCACCAGUGUCAAAUGGAGAGCAGUCACUUCCAAACCAGAUGCUGUCAUCUCAUAGUGCACACAGCCAUAGCCCUCCAGAAGGAAUGCUCAUUGGGUAUCAGUGAGGGAAUCAUCGGGGAUCAGUGAGGAACUCUCAUCGGGGAUCGGUGAGGGACUCUCAUCGGGGAUCGGUGAGGGACUCUCAUCGGGGAUCGGUGAUCACCCCUCACACUUGUCCUUAUUAGACUCCAUCUGCCAUUCCUCCACUCAUCUCUCCAUCCAACCUAUAUCCUACUGUAUCAUUUGACAACCUUCCUCACUAUCCACAACUCCACCAAUCUUCAUGUUGUCUGCAACCUUACUAUUCAGACUCCCAACAUUUCCUCCAAAUCAUUAUAUAUUACAAAUAACAGAGGUCCCAGCACUGAUCCUUGUGGAACCUCACCAGUCACAGACCUCCAGACAGAAAAAGGUUCUUCCACCACUACCCUCUGUCUCUAUGACCAAGCCAGUUCGGUAUCCAACUUACCGACUCACCAUGGAUCCCAUGUGACUUCAUCUUCGGAAACAGCCUCCCAUGAGGGAUCUGGUCAAAUGCUUUAGUAAAGUCCAUGUAGGCUACAUCCACUGCCCUACCCUCAUCGAUUAUCCUCAUGACUUGCUCAGAAAACUCUGUCACAUUUGUGAAUCAAGACCUUCCCCACACCAUGACUAUGUUGACUAUUCGCAGUAAGUUCAUUCCUUUUCUAGACGGGAGUACAUCCUGCCCCGAAUAAUCGAAUAAUUUCCCACCCAUUGAUGGGAUUAUUCUUGUUGCCAUUUUUAAGGAUUGGCUAUCCUCCAGUCUCCCCAAACCUCUCUUCAAAAACAGAGUGGCUGUGAGGAGAGACUGAGCCUCUGGAUGGUUAACAGCCACCACAUUAUCUCCCUUGUCUGGUUGUUGAUCUGAUAUCCUGGGCUGGGGGAUAGAAAUGUACACCAGUCCCGUAGUCCACCCUGCUGCCUGUGUGAGGCUGAACCAGCACCAGAAAGGGUGGCAGAGGCUGAAACGCUUAUUGGAAAACCCUUGAGUAACUGCACUGGGAACAGUACCGUACACAGCUACUAACCAGAGAAAUAUUAAACUGGGAGCAGGAGGAGGCCAUUCAGCCCUUUCAGCCUGCUGCACCAUGCAAUAUGACAAUGGCUGUUCUUCCAACUCAAUCCCCUCUUCCCACUUUCUCCCCAUAACCUGAGAUUACUUUCACCCUGAGAACUGCACCCAACUCCUCCUUGGAAACAUUCAGUGUUUUGACCUCAACUGCUUUCCGUGGUAGAGAAUUCCCCGCUCGCUGGGAGAAGGAAUUUCUCCUCUUGACAGACCCAGCGCUGGGUCACAAACCGUGGGAGGCAGGGGAUAGAAUAAUCCUUCCAGAAUCACUGCUAUUCUCCUCAUAACCUUCAUGUCAGACUUUCUUCAGAGAUAGGUUUCCGGGUCAAAUAUGCUUCUGUAUCUCCACCGCACACCUUACCCACCCACCCCCCCCACCCCCCCAACGCUGCCUCAGCUCAUUGGCUGCAGAAACCCUCAUCGAGCCUCACUUACCCUCGUAACACACAGGCAAUAGGAUACCACAGCACAAAGCUACGGUUACCAGACUGGGAUAGAGAGGGAGCCAGGGAAAACUGCACACACUCUGGCUCUGAGGCAGUCAUAGCUGAGACAGCCCAUAAACCAGACGCCCUAAUGUCUCUGCUGGCUACCCUAACCCUUACCCUCACCCACUCACCCAACCCAAAACCCCUCCCCGAGGCAAGACUGAGCUGGCCCUGUCCUUACCCUCAGCAAGGUCUGCUCCGCCCAUCACUGCCCUGUUCACUAACAGCGGCUCCUCAUGUAUAAAAUUCUCACCCUCCUUCCCAAACCCCUUGCCAGCCUGUCGCUCCCACAAGUGGGUUCUGAAGCAGGGUCACUGGACCUGAAACGUUAACUCUGUUCUCUCUCCACAGAUCCUGUCAAACCUGCCGAGAUUUUCUUUCCAUUUCUGUUUUUGUUUCUGAUUUCCAGCCUCCAUAAUUUCAAUAUUAGGGCAGAACAGUGGCACGGUGGUUAGCACUGCUGCCUCACAGCGCCAGAGACCCAGGUUCAAUUCCCGACUCAGGCGACUGACUGUGUGGAGUUUGCACGUUCUCCCCGUGUCUGUGUGGGUUUCCUCCGGGUGCUCCGGUUUCCUCCCACAGUCCAAAGAUGUGUAGGUCAGGUGAAUUGGCCAUGCUAAAUUGCCCGUAGUGUUAGGUAAGGGGUAAAUGUAGGGGAAUGGGUCUGGGUGGGUUACUCUUCGGCGGGUCGGUGUGGACUUGUUGGGCCGAAGGGCCUGUUUCUACACUGUAAGUAAUCUAAUCUAAUCUAAUCAUCAUGUUUUUGGUUAUUUUUUACCAGUACUCUAAUUCAAUAUUCCAAUAUUCAUUUCAAUAUUCAAUGCAGGUUCCGUUUGACAAAUAUUCCAAGGUAGAGGAGGAGAAUGGUAUCAUUUCACUCAUUUUUAUUCGUGCUACACAAACCUUUUUUAUCAGGAUUUAUAACUGACCCAAUUUGCAUGUUUUGAAAUAAAGAGCUGCUUUUGAGCAAAA